AGGAUGGAGAACUUCAGGAAGGUGAAGACCUCCGAGCAAGGCGGCCCUUCGCCUUUCCCGGACCUGCAGCCCCACGUGGUGGAGAUGAAGGUGAAGGAAGGCAGCAAAAUCCGGAACUUGAUGGGCUUCGCCAUGGCCAGGAUGGAGAAAGAGGAGAUCCGGCAGAUCGUCUUCAGUGGCUGCGGGCGGGCGGUCACCAAAACCAUCACCUGCGUGGAGAUCAUGAAGAGGAGGCUGGGAGGCCUCCACCAGGUCACCAAGCUCCAGUACCGGACCUUGGUGGAAGUGUGGGAGAACCAAGGACCCCGGUCGGAAGGGCCUCCGGAACACCUCACCGUCCACAAGAACGUGCCCUCCGUCUGCAUCCUCUUGUCCAAGGACUUGGUGGACCCCAACCAAAUGGGCUACCAAGCCCCCAGCCCUCCGGCUAGCCUCUGGGCUGAGAGUAGCAUCUCCCCCAAGGCAACUAAGAGAAGGUUGCCUGAGCCCCAAGAAGAGGACUAG